UGUGCUAUGUUGGCAAUGCCCAGAACCAAUCAGAAUUUUUUGCGUAGGUCAAGCCGGGUAUGAGGGUUUGUUUUUAAGGCGUAAUGCGGCUCCAUAUACUACGAUGCUUCAAUUUCAUCAGAUUUUGUCAAAGAAACUGUCCCCCAUUUUGCCUAAUGUGAAAAUAUGCCGCAUUUUCAAAAUGCCACUAGCGUCGUUCUCUGUUCUAUUUAGAAAGCGAAAUCUUUCCAAUCACGAAGUUUUGACGUUUCGAAUAUAAGCAUUUCGUACUGCAACUUGUGUACCUCCGAGCAUCCAAUGGAUAUAGUGGAAUUUAUAAAUAGUGAAGUAGCCAACUUCUUCCGCGGAGAUGAGCAUCCUGAUGUGAACUUUAAUUUAGUUAAGAAGCAUUCUGAAAGUUUGGAAAAGGCCGGCGAGUUCAGCUUUCCAACAAAUCUUAGUAUUUGGAAGAAGCAUUUAAAUUUGACUACAGACGCGGAAAUUCCAGAGCUACAGUCUCUAUUGUUAGCCGUGAAUAAUGUAGACGACAGUAGACUUAUUGAAAAAUUAGUAGACACAAGUGCCAGGUGGCCGACACCUUUACAAAACGUAAGAAUAGAGUCAGAUCGCUGCAUAUUAUAUUUGGAGCGGAUAAAGUCGAUCCAGUAUGCCUUGCGAUCUGUCCACAAUUCAAGUCUGUUCCUUGCCGUUAAAAUUGAUGGGAUCCCGAAAGAUGUUCACUUCAAAACUAUGCAUGAACAGGAGGGUUCAGACUUAAAUGAAUACAGAGCUUUACUGGUCAAAUCAGUUUUGGAAAACUUGACAAAAUAUUCAUCAGGAGUCGACAGCGCAAAAGAGAGCAGCAUUGAGGUCGAAGUUAAACCAAUAAAGCGGAAAAUAUGCAAGGCUGGAGAGAGAAAUGUUGCCGGACACAUUACUGUAUUCUCUGGAAAUGUAACUGAUGAACAACACAAAGUGGCGACGAUCACUACUAGUGAAUAUAUGAAUAUGCGAGCGAAGGACAUGCAAUUAAUGGCAAUGCAUAAAUACGGUGUGCGAGUGAAAAAUGAAUCAUGUUUUCGAAAUUUAAUCAAUCAACUUGGAGAAGCAGCCGUAAAAGUGGAUCUUCUCGAAAUAAAACACACUAGCCCUGUUUCAGUGAAAAGAAACGGACAAGGUUGUACAAAAGGUGCCUCUUUUAUUUUAUACAAUUCAGCGCGUAUUGAAACUUUAUUAAGGACAUUUGAAGAUCGUGUUUCAAGUGGUGUCUAUCCAAAGCUACCAGAUGUAGAGAAUAUUGAUAUCAGUCUACUCAAUGAUGGGGAGGAGUGGAAAUUGGUAUUCAACUACAUUUUACCAUUUCCAAACCUUAUAAAACGGUGCCUAGAAGGACUUGAAGAGGGAAAGUGCGCGCCGCACUUUUUGUUACAAUUUCUUUGUGGUCUUGUUGGUGUAUUCUCAGUGUACUACAGGCGAGUUCGAGUGUUAUUGGACGGCCGCGAUCACCUCAUUCCAGUGAUACAUGCACGCAUUUAUCUAGUCAAAUGCAUAAGAGAGGUGCUGAAUAGAAUCCUUGCAAUUCUGAACAUAGAACCAAUACAGUGUAUGUAAAUGAAAAUCAAUAAACAAUUAUUUUUGUUAAGGA